UGGAAUAACAAUGACAGCAGUUCAGUACAGCAGCGCUGGAGCUCAUACCCGCCCAAGGAGUUUGUACUAAACAUUUCUCCUUAUGCCCCUUACGGAGAUCCACGCCUCACACUCAAUGGGACGGUGCCCGGGGGCCAGAAAGGGGCCAUGGGGGGUGGAUUGGGGGAUGGAGGGGGGCCGUCGCACAGCGACAGUGUGAGGAGCAUGAUGACGGGGGGCAUUAAAGCCGGCAGGUGGCAGACGGUACAAAGCCGCCUGCAUUCGGGAGACUUCAAGAACGGCAAUUUGUCUGACCACGCCCUCUCCUCGGACGAGACCUUGGACAACAUCCCGUCGACAGGGGCAACACCUCGGCCCCGCACAUUGCUGCGUCAGCAGAGCCUCCAGCAACCAUUGAUCCAGGCUCCGGCCCCAUGUUUGGCCAGUAGGCCGCCCAUCUCCCAGAGUCUGGGUCAGUUGCACACCCAGCCAGGUAGCGGAGGGGGUGGGGGUGCGGGGCCUGGGAGAGGAGGCGGGGCCAGCUCAAGGAACUCCAGGGGCGGCCCGGCAGGUGGCGGAGCUUCACGCUGUAAGUCAGGAGGUGCCGGGGGGCGGGCCUCUCAUGGGAACCCUGGCAGCGUGGAUCACAUGAUGGGUCAGAUAAAGAGACGAGGCCUGGAUGUUAAAUCCUUCCUACCCUGUCAGACAGUCGUUCAUUCUGUCACACUAUAUUUCAGCCCCGCAGCAGAAUAUCUCCCCCUUCCCUCAGCACUCUGCACUGAUCUGCUGUUUCGUGAUGUUCUGUUUUAUAUGACUGAAUAUUGCCUUGUGUGCAGCCUGCCUAAGCUGGUUUAAAUAUGUCACAUUUUAGGACCUCAGGGGACCGCUGGAGAUAUGGUACCAGGACUAAUUUUAUAUUUGUGUGUCAGCACAUGCGUUUUUGUUUGG